AUGGAUAACUACAACUUGUCAUUUUCAGAUAGUUGGUCCGUUGAGAAUGAUGUUAUUAGUGGGAAGGGCGUCUCCCAUAAUUUUCGUGACUAUACACUUGAAUUCACAACUCACCAGAUUUUUCAAAGUAGAGACGACAUGGUAGCUUGGGUGCGAAGAGUCGGUAAAGAAAAUGGUAUUGUUAUUGUUAUUAAGAAAUUUGCUAGUUUAAUUGGUGGCAAGCUGCUAAAGUGCAUUCCUAGUUGUGAAGAAGUGGAAAGUAUCAUGUGGGGUAUAAGGGUUGAAUGUGGUUUCCAUAACCAUGAAACAGCAGAAUAUUUUGAUGGGCAUGAGUACUCGUCAAGGCUAACACCAGAGGAGAAAGAAAUUGUGCGCAACAUGGUGGACAACACAACGCCUCGUGAAAUUCUUAGUGUUUUAAAGAAAAAAAAUCCGUUAAACACUACAUGUGCCCAAAGCAUAUAUAACCUCAAAUAUAUAGAUAACAUAGCAGAACAAGACGGUCUAAGUCCUACUCAGUUUGUCUUGAAUCAACUAAUACAGAAAAGAUACCUUCAUGAAUAUCGUACAAAUCCAUACACCAAUGAAAUCACUGAUAUUGUUUGGAUUCAUCCUCAAAGCCUAGACUUAUUUGUGAACUUUCCGUCCAUAUUGGUCAUUGACGCCACAUACAAGACCAACGAGUACCGGUUAUCACUAUUGGAGGUUAUGGGUAUCACAUCCACAAUGUGCACUUACUCUCUCAUGUUUGCACAUCUUACAAAUGAGAAGGUAGAGAACUUGACAUGGGCCCUGAGUACCUUAAAGAAAUGGAUGCUUAGAAGGGGGGCAUUGUUGCCAUCGGUGUUUGUUACAAAUCGAGAUUUGGCGCUUCUUAGCGCCAUUGAAGCAUGUUUCCCCUCGGCACGUCACAUUCUUUGCAUUUGGCACAUCAACCAAUGCAUAAUAAAGCACUGCAGAGGGGUCCUUGGUCCGUCGUUUAACGACUUUAACAUGUCAUGA